CAAAUUUGAUGAGGGAGGGAUGGAUCAAUCAAAAUUUACUACCCUUUUGAUAUUUUUCACCAAGAUUUUCAAUCAUUAAUAAAUAAAUUUGUUCUUGACCAAAAAAUGUCAUCCUCUCUAUCUCUCAGGCCCACAAGCCCGAGUUUUCAUCGGGUAUCAGCUCAACCCAUUUGGCCUAAACGUUGUUGGACCGUCACUAUACCUUCCCGGCGUACUUUAACAUCAACCAUAGUGGUUGGGGCCGGGUCACGGCCACGGGCCGAUGAUUCAGCGCCGAUUGGUAUGUCCGUGGAAGAUGCUUUGAAGCUUUUGGGUGUUUCAGAAGAAGCCUCUUUCGAUGAUAUUUUGAGGGCAAAAAACAAAGUUUUAGCCACUUGUAAAGAUGACCCUCAAGCUGUCGCUCAGAUAGAAGCUGCAUACGAUAUUUUGCUCAUGCAAAGUUUAACACGACGUCAAGCUGGGAAAGUUGUGAACAAGAGCAUUCGCUUUGCUGAUGUCAAACCUGGCAAAUAUCCGGGUACAGGAACUAUGCCUCAGUGGAUGCAAUCUGCAAUGAAGAGUUCUCCUGUUGUGGUUGAAAAGCCACCUGUGUCAGACCUCGGAGUACAAGCUGGUGUUUACGGUGUAAUGAUGGUUUUGACUUAUAUUAACGGAGCGUCGUCAUCCUCUGCAGGAGCCGUGACUAGUGCAGAUGUUCCUGGUGUUAUUCUAGCUACCAGUUUUGGAGCAUCCUUAUACUUUAUGACUAAAAAGAAAGUGAAGUUAGGGAAAGCAAUUUCGAUCACGGCUGGAGGACUUCUUGCUGGGGCUGUAGUCGGCUCAGUUGUCGAAAGCUGGCUUCAAGUAGACAUUGUUCCAUUCCUUGGUCUGCAUUCUCCUGCAGCUGUUAUUAGUGAAUUUAUCAUCCUGUCUCAGUUAUUGGUCUCUCUUUAUCUUAGGUAGCCUCUAACAUUUACAAAGUUGUAUAUAUUGCCAUCACAAUUAAAGAGUAUGUACAAAUGAUAUAUACAGCAGAAAUUAUUUAAUGUAAAUACUGUUUGUUUUC